GGGUUCCCACAAUGCUUCCUGUGUUCCACCAGAGUCUGGAUGUAGUUUAUUUGCCCCGAGCAUCCCUUGAGAUUAUUUAUUGUGGGUUUAGGGUGGAGUGCAGAAGAGGACUCCGUAAAGACUAGGAUUGUAGGUGACACCUCUGCAGCUGUGCUUUUAGGUGUCCCGGAGCACGAGGGGAGGGAGGAGAUAGAUCUAGUCUGAAUUCCCAUUGCGAGAGUCCUCUGCAGAUCCAGCUUGUAGCUAGCGUGAGCCUGGAGUUGGCACAGAAUGGCUAGAGAACCCGGAACGUCCGCAGCCCUAAACGCUCGAUCUGCAGAAGAGGGGACUGGGAUUUUAGUGGUGAAAGUGGAACAGGAAGAGGCCUCCCCCUUGGCAGAGGAGACCAGUUGGCUGGGCAGUCCUGGGCCUGACCGCUCCCGCCAGCGCUUCCGUGCUUUCCGCUACCCAGAGGCAGCCGGGCCCCGGCAGGCGCUGAGCCGGCUCCGCGAGCUCUGCAGACAGUGGCUGCGGCCAGACAUGCACAGCAAGGAGCAGAUCCUGGAGCUGCUGGUGCUGGAGCAGUUCCUGACCAUCCUGCCAGGGGAGCUGCAGGCCUGGGUGCGCGAGCAGCACCCCGACAGCGGGGAGGAGGUGGUGGCGCUGCUGGAGUACUUGGACAGGCAGCUGGAUGACACACCUCCACAGGUCUCAACGGGGGAAUGGAGUCGCGAACUUCUCUGCUGCAAGGUGGCAGUGGUGACACCAUCUCAGGACUCACAAAGUAGCCACUCCCAGGCAAUGAAGUCUCUCUUCAAGCAUGAAUCUCAGGAAUCUUUGGAUUGUUCACCCUUACAGGCCAGAGGUCUGGAAAUGAAACCUGAGACCAGGGACUUGCCUCUAGAUGAGGAAUACAGGGAACAAAAGCCUGAGCAGACAGUGUGCUUCCUGGGUGAAGACACUGUCCCGAUUCCUACAGGUGCAGAAGCCAGUGAGCAGGAAGGCAAGUUACAGACAACACAGAAGAGUGCCACAGGAAACAGGCGGCACUAUUGCCGUGAAUGUGGGAAGAGCUUCGCUCAGAGUUCAGGCUUGACCAAACACAAGAGAAUCCACACUGGAGAGAAGCCCUAUGAGUGUGAAGACUGUGGGAAGACCUUUAUUGGGAGCUCUGCCCUUGUCAUUCACCAGAGAGUUCACACUGGCGAGAAGCCAUAUGAGUGUGAAGAAUGUGGCAAAGUCUUCAGUCACAGCUCCAACCUCAUCAAGCACCAGAGAACCCACACUGGGGAAAAGCCCUACGAGUGUGAUGACUGUGGGAAAACCUUCACUCAGAGCUGCAGCCUCCUUGAACAUCACAAAAUUCACACAGGCGAGAAGCCAUUCCAGUGCAACUUGUGUGGCAAAGCCUUUAGGCGGAGCUCACAUCUCCUGCGACAUCAGCAGAUCCAUGGUGAUAAAACUGCUCCAAAGCCUCUGCGUGGAGAGGCCUGGGACGGUCGGAGUCGGGUGGCAGGCCAGGGGGAAGAUGUUGAAGCUCCUGAGACUUACCAGUGCAGUGAGUGUGAGAGAAGUUUCACUCGGAGGAGAAGCCUUCUUGAACAUAAAAAAAUCCACACGGGUGAGAAACCCUUCCAGUGUGAUGCAUGUGGGAAGGGCUUUACCCGAACUUCCUACCUUGCUCAACAUCAGAGAAGCCACGUGGGGAAAAAAAUUGUCUCACAGUGAUCUGUAGCACACUUUCUGGAGUUGGUGAGCACUUGCCAGUGAGCUGAAGACACCUGGAGCCCUUACUAACUGCAGAAGAGAGGGCGUUGCCAAUACACACUGUCCAAUGUUAGAUGUUAUAGUUUGAGGUGGAUUAUCUUUCCUGUUUAAAAAGUAACUGGAACGAGACUAGAGGAUAUGGAGGUGUUCUCUGGAUGAGAUAGCACUGAAGUGUUUGGAUUUACAAGGACUUCGAGAACAGUCACCCUUAGCCAGCACAGUUUUCUCCUGAAUGGAUGGUUCCGGAUUUUGGAGUGUCCCUUCUUUACUAUUUGUUUGUCAACCUGAAUCUUUUAUGUCUAGUCGGAUUCCUGCGGUCUUAGCUCCCCUAUUGUGCCUUGUGUAUGGGUGCUAGAAAACCUUGACUACAGGGGCUGAUGAAAUGUCCUUCAACACUGAAAAUCUGGGUCUAGCUUUCUGAAGAAGUUCUAAUUUGGACCGUUUGUGUUUGCAUUUAAUUGGCUAAGGUUCUGGAGUCUGAGGCAGUCCUACAGUUUUCAUAUUAAGUACACAGUGUUACAGAGUUUGAGUAGAGAGAUUCCGUAUAUCUUUAUGAGGACAGAGAAUAUGAUGAAGAAUGCCUCCAGCAUCUUCUGAAGAUGUAGGGAGACAUUCCUGUCCUAAAAAACUCCAUUAGAGCAUACUUAGUUUUUUGUUUGUUUGUUUUUAACUUUUUACUGUGAAAGUUUUCAGUCAGGUAAAUAAAAAGUAGUCUUAUUUUCAUGAGAUAAAA